UUGCAAUGCUCCUUAUCGUACUGAGCAAUGUGAUCUGUUCUUUAGCAUCAUGCCACAUUACAUACAAGGAACAGUUGGUUUCUGGAUUGUGUUGCAAUCUGCAAGUGAUAGUUGUGGAAGUGAAUAGUCAAUAUACUCCAAUUUAUGAACGUCUCGAAAUAGAAACAAAGAGGUUGAAUUCACAAGAAUUGGUGGAAUACCAGUUUAAAAUCCAACGCGAACAAUUAGAAGCAGUCAACCAUAAUCUAAAGAAACAGCUGGAAGCUGAGGAAGUUAUUUUGAAGAGUAAAGACGAGGAGAUGAAACAAUUGCAGACUGUCAACGAAAGUCUGACAAAGAGAGUACAGUCACUGAACCGUACAGUGUUGCAACUGGAACGGCAAACAACGAAUAUUGUGAAACAUACCUACUCUGGAGAUGCUGCUAAAGUAAGAUCUUUGGUAGAGGAAGGAACAAAUGUAAAUGUCAGAGACGAUUCCGUCCACCAUUUCACACCUCUGAUAACUGCUGCUAUGAAUGAUUAUGUCGAGGUGGCGCGGGUGUUGUUAGAGGCUGGUGCUAACUUGGAGGACACGGCUUCUUCUAGCGGGAACACCGCUUUGCAUCAAGGCUCGUCAGCAGGCAGAUUGAGAAUCUGUCGCCUUUUUCUCGACAAGGGAGCGAAGCUGGACGCUAUGAACUUCGGUAUGAACACGCCGCUGCACUUGGCUGCAGUAAACGGACAUUUGUCAGUCGUGAAGCUGCUCGUAGAGAGAGGAGCCGAUGUUCAUCUGAAGAAUGCUGUGAACGAUACGCCCAGGGACAGGGCGUGGGGAAAUGGAAAGAAGAAUGUAGUAGAAUGGUUGGAUUCGGUACGCUGA